AAAUAUUUUUAUUGAUUAGGUUCAUAUCUUCUUAAGAAAUAUUGUAGAUGAAUGAACCAGCUGGAGCGAGGCGACCAGCCAGGGCCAGAAGGCUAAGACGACAAGUACCAGCCGCGGCAGGUUCAGCCGAUCAGGCAGCUCAGCAGGACGCUUUAGAAGCUGAACAGGUGGCUCAGCAGGACGCUUCUGAUACCUUACAGCCGCAGCUAGUAGCUGCUGUAACGGAGCAAGUCCUAAAGGCAAUCCGCGAACAGUCGGCUGGUGGUCCAUCUGGGGAGGAAAGAGGACGUGAACGCCAAAGAAGCUCGAGAGGAAGGAAACGUAGAAGACGGUCCUCUUCAGGUAGCAUGUUAGACUCUAGUUCGGAUCGAGAUAAGUCAGAUAAUGACUCAGAGGACAGCUCAUCCAGUGAGGAGAGUGAUUCAGAUGAUGAGAAACAGCUCUUAUCAACUCCAAUUUCUUCUCAAGUCGAUAGUAAACUCAAAAACAAAAUAUGGCAAAACAAGUACAUUGACUUUGCAAAAUUAAUACCAAAAGAUGAUUUUAGUAGGGAUAAGUCAGUACACUUGCAAAGCAUGGGUAAAUCAGAAUUUAAGUUUGUGACCUCAAAAUCAAAAACAGCCAUUAAAUCUAUUGAUCAGUGGACCACAGCAUUUUUAAAAUUUUUGGCCAUUUACUCUGAGAAAUUCCCCAACUUGGUACCAGCGGUCAUCAAACAUGGUGAAAUAGUGCGCGAGCUAGCUAGCAGACGCACAGGUUUGGCAUGGUUAUCAUAUGAUAGGCAAGUCCGCAAGGACAUAGAAUCAAUGUCAAUUCCAUGGGGGCAACUGCACUAUGAGUACUGGGUUAUGGCCACCACAUCGCGACAAUCUAAUUAUGGCAAUCAGACACAUAAUUUUCGUGGCCGAUACCAUUUCCAAAACAAAGGGGGGGCCUAUAAAGGCAAGAGAAUACCCCAGGGAUAUUGUUAUGCUUUCCACAAAACAGGACAUUGCGCAUCCCAGAACUGUCAAUACAAGCACCUUUGCCCUCAGUGCAGGAAGCCACACUCAGUGCUUUUCUGCACAUGGGGAGAUCAAUCGCAAACCUCUGUCCCAGGGUCCCAAACCAGACAAAAAGAACCCACUAGUACAAGCAAAUAGAUUAAUUGUCACUCCCGUAAGAGUAUUAACCCUAGAACACUUUCUUAAUGGGUAUGAUGAAGAUUUAAAAACAUUUUUAUGUAAGGGUUUUGGGGAAGGUUUUCAUCUUCAAUAUAAUGGGCCGAGACAGUCAAGGCGUUCAUCUAAUUUACUUUCGGUAAAAGAACAUGAAGAUAUUGUAGCACUAAAACUGCAGAAAGAAAUUUCUCUUGGUAGGAUUGAAGGUCCAUUUGAGGUACCCCCUUUUGAAAAUCUUCAAUGUUCCCCUAUUGGUCUUGUCCCAAAGAAAGAAAUAAAUGAAUUUCGCCUUAUUCACCACUUAUCUUAUCCUGAAGGGGGUUCUGUGAAUGAUUUUAUCCCGGAUGAU